UCCGGAAACUUUCAGGAAGGAAACAAAAAAAAGCUGUCAGACAAGACUUCACCUUCUUCAGGAGAGGAAUGGAGAGCUCCAGGUGGACGCUCAGAGAAAACUUUAAAACUUCUCACUUAGAAAACAGUUACAGGUAAUUCACUGCUCUUGAAAAACAUGGCGACAGAAGAACAUUUAAACGGGGAUGAACUUUUGGAAGUUGACAUAUGCGACGGUGGCGUUUGUUCCGAGGGAGAGAGCGGUGUUUUCGUCAACUCUGUCACCUUGCAGGAUGACUUCUCCGGCUUUCAUCAGUGGACGAUCCGCGCAGAGUCCCCUAAUGACACAUCAUCACCUCUGGCUCAGCAGCGGCAGCUCGGCGCCGACACAGCCGCCCAAAGGUGCACCAGCACGGCCGCGGACAGCAGCGACUCCGAGUCCCACGGAGGAGGCGUGGGGAACGGUCCGAGGGCUUCCAUAGUGGACUGCCUGCUGGUGGAGCUCUACGAGACGUACAGCGGGGGCAGCAGGAGGAAUGUGGACAGCUGGGACAGCUCCACCGAGGCGUCCGGGUCCGAUGCCUUCCUGGGACGUAGUAACUCCGGGUCCAACUUCCUCCAGGAGCUCCAGCAGAAACACACCAGGAGGCAUCAGAUGAAUUACCUGGCCCAGAAAGCCCCAGAAGAGCUGCAGUCGAUCAUCCAGGAGGUGAAGUACCGCACAGGUCUGCAGUCGGCCAAGCUGCUCCGUCAGCUGAAGAGACGCGACCGCCUCUUUCACAAGAUGCAGAAAAACUACGACGUCAUCACGGCUUGUCUUCAGGCGGUGUCACAGAAACGACGAGUUGACACAAGACUGAAGUUCACCAUCGAACCAUCGCUGGGGAAGAAUGGAUUCCAGCAGUGGUACGAUGCCCUCAAAGCAGUGGCCAGACUCCCGACAGGGGUCCCGAAGGAAUGGAGGAAGAGGGUUUGGCUGACUCUAGCAGACCAGUACCUCCACAGUAUCUCCAUCGACUGGGACAAGACGCUUCGUUUCGCCUUUAACGAGCGCAGCAACCCGGACGACGACUCCCUCGGCAUCCAAAUCGUCAAGGACCUGCACAGGACGGGCUGCAGUUCUUACUGUGGCCAGGAGGGGGAGCAGGACAGGGUGGUGCUGAAGAGGGUGUUGCUUGCGUAUGCCCGCUGGAAUAAAUCUGUGGGAUACUGCCAAGGAUUCAAUGUGCUGGCUGCACUUAUCCUGGAAGUUACUGAGGGCGAUGAGAGCGAUGCACUUAAGGUGAUGAUCUAUCUGAUUGACAAAGUGCUACCAGAGAGUUAUUUUGCCAACAACCUGCGAGCUUUGUCAGUGGACAUGGCCGUGUUCAGAGACCUGCUGCGUCUAAAGCUGCCCCGACUCUCCCAGCAUCUCCACCAUCUCCAGAAAGCUGCAAACCGAGAGGCCGGAGGCAGCUACGAGCCUCCGCUGACCAACGUGUUCACCAUGCAGUGGUUCCUCACCAUGUUCGCCACCUGCCUGCCUGCGCCCACCGUCCUGAAGAUCUGGGACUCGGUGUUCUUCGAGGGUUCAGAGGUGCUGUUCAGAGUCGCCCUCGCCAUCUGGGAGAGACUGGGAGAGAGGAUCGAGUACUGUCACACAGCCGACGAGUUCUACAGCACGAUGGGUUGUCUCACUCAGGAGAUGCUGGAGCACAACCUCAUCGAUCCCACCGAACUCAUGCAGGAGGUUUACUCCAUCGCCGUGUUUCCGUUCCCUCAGCUGGCUGAGUUGAGAGAGAAGUACACCUACAACAUCACUCCUUUCCCGACCUCGGUCAAAUCCAACGGCAGUGGCGGUCUGGGCAGCUGGGAGAGCGACGACGAUGCCGACAUGGAUGACGAAGACUCAAUGGUGACGGCGCUCGGUUGCCUGGGUCCCCUGGGUGGCCUGCUGGCCCCCGAGCUGCAGCGCUACCAGAAACAUAUCAAAGACCAGCGAUCGGAGCAAGGGAACAUCGCAGAGCUGAGCCCGGGAGCAGUGGGAGCUGGAGGGGCAGGAGGUGGGGGAGGAGGAGGAGGAGGAGGGGCCAGGGCAGAGCAUCAAGCAGCGAUCAACAGCAUGAUGAUGGAGAGGAUGAGCACAGACAUCUACGCCCUGAAGAAGCAAUACACGCGCAUCAAGAGGCGGCAGCAGCAGCAGGCCAUGCAGCUCUACAUCCGCACAGGACCUGAAACUGAAAUGACCACAAGUCCCGGGGUUCCUAAGGAGCAUCCAGACGAACUCAGCGACAGUACUAACCACCACGAUGAUGACAAGUGCCCCGCCACCCGAGUGCUGCCCUCCCAGCUCAACCCGUCCAGCACAGUAAUCAACCACCUCCUUCUGGGUCGCAAACAAUGCGGUGGAAGCUCAAGACUCGCAUCCACUAACAUGUCAACACUCCCCGGGUCUCGACCUGCUUCUCUGUCCCAGAAUCAGGGCUCUCCGGGCAGGCAGCGCUGCGGAUCAACUCCUUACAACUGCACUGCGUCUCCUGGCAGCCCUGGAGGAGGCAUGGGGUCGCCCUGGCGUGCUCAUGUCCGGGUGCAUCGAAGGAAUAUUGCCAGAGCCCGAGCACAGCUGGGGUUCGGAGACUCGGAGGAAAGGGAAGAUGAGGAGGAAGACGCAGAAUCAGCAGGAUUGGAGGGUGAAGAGAGAAAGUUCAAAGAAGAUAAAGAUGAUGAGGAGCAGAAAUGCGAAAGUGAAUUCUCUGAGCCUCCAUCUACAGAUCCAUCGGGUGCAGGGUCAGGCUGUGAAGAGGCGCAGGUUGCUGAUGGGAUAAAUGAUGCAGAAGUUGCUGAGGUAGUUGUGCAACUGGACUCCCUGGAUCUAGAGAACCAAACAAAUCUGACCUCCAUCAACAACACAGAUGCACAUCACACUUUACCAGAGUCCAAACCUGAACAAGUCCCUCUUCUUCCUCCUCCGCCAGCCUCAAACCGGCACAAAGAUUCUGAUUCCUCAGGUUCAGAAAGAAGCACUGCCUCUGACAGACACUUUUCCUCCAUUGCUUUACCUCCACCCAGCCACUCCCUCAACAUCCCUUCUUCCUCACCCUCCACCAUGAGUCCGUCCACAUCACCAGUCCCUACAUCAACUUCUCUGGAAUUGUCCUGCUCGUCCUCUCCAACACCAUCACCCACCCCGACACCAAGCUCUACAUCCGGCCUCCCGUCAUCCACUUCAGCCAAUGACCUCUUCUCUCUCCCUCUUCCAGAAUCCUCAGCUUUUUACAAAACGUCCUCUCCCUCAACUCCCUCACUUUCUUCUAUCUCCUCAUCGUCUGGGUCGCAUAUGACAUCCUCCCCCUCUACCCCAGCGUUCCAGUCCAAUGGCACCAUCACUCUGAAACAGCAGGUCUUUUCCCCAUUCCCAAGUGUCAAGCAGCCAAGGAAGUCGACAGCAGCAAGAAAUCUCGGCCUCUAUGGUCCUACAUCCAGAACCCCUACAGUUCAUUUCCCUCAACUCAGCCGUAACCUAAACCGUAGUAGUGGUGCUGGAACCAUCGGAAGGAGAUAAAUAACUGUACUCCUGAACUGAUGUUAGAAUCACAUUCAAUUAAAAGUCAUUCUCUAACAACACCAUGUUGCCUCCUGCAGAUCAAGAAAAUGGCAUGUCUUGUGUUAAUUAGAUGAAAUGUAAAGCUCAUAUCGCUUGAUUAUUCAACGUGAAAUGAGUAGAGUGUGGUUCACCUGACAAAAAGUUCAUCCUAGAAUUCAAACCAUUACAGACAGACAUUUAGGAGACUAUGUAGUGUUUCAACUGCAUUGGUACUGUAUUGCAAAGGUAACACAGGACUACAACAGUAUCUAGCCCUUUAAAGUGGCCUAUGCAGGUCCUUCUUGACCAUAAAGGAUUCAUGUUAAAAAAACAACAACAAAAAGUUACAUUGCAUUUGUGUCUGUUCACCUAUGUCUCCUUAAUAUGGAUGUGUGAAUUUUGAGAUAAGGAUUCUCCAUGGAAUGAAACAUAAAGAGAUUCUGGCUACUUCCUUCUGGAGUCGUAAGGACCAUGUGUGGAAACAUGAUGAACUUUUUCCCCUUAUGAGAUUACACAAUAGCCAUCCAGUUGUUUCUAUGCCAAGUAUUUAAAAAUAAUAAAGUAAAAACAUUACAAACAUAAGAAUGACUAAAUAAAAAUCACAAAAACGUUGUGUGUGUGUGCCCAAAAAUACUGCUGAUGUCCGAAAGCACCUACAUUUUUGUUCCAUCAAAUGAAGACAUAACUCUGUAUGUGUUUGUGUCACUUGACUGUUGCACACAAGGAAUGUAAUAUCUUGCUUAACCAUGGAGGAAGUGUGGAUGGGAAACAACUCUUAGAUCAGCUUGGUCAAGUUUUGUAUUACUAAAAUAAACUUGCACAGCACCUA